AUGCUCGGGAAUGUACAGCCGCAAGGCUUGGGGGGAAACGUCGACCCCUUUAUACUGGUGAAGUUCUCCAGCUCAGAAAGGGAGAAUGCCAAGGCUAGCUUGGUCAUGUUCGAAUGGAAAGAUGAAAAACUGAUUGGAGCGUACCGCACCGACGAGCCUGAUUUGCGCGAGACCCUAUGCGAUGCGUCGAACGUCGAUGCAGGACUCUGCACCGCAGAUAAAAUCGGCUCUUUUCUUCUCUCCAAAAACGCGACCGAUGUCUCCCAAAGUGCGAUCAUCUCCCAGGCUAUCAACUUGAAGGAUCCCAUCGCCGUCAAAUACCCCGUACGGCAAACCGGAUUCUACUGCGUGAGCACUUAUGCUUUCUCCGGAGACGAGUAUACCGCCGUGGUCACCUUCCGGAAUUCAUAUGGAGAGCUUCCGGCGGCGCAAAUCGCGAAGCUCCCAUUCUACGGAGCCUUGACAAUUGUCUAUACCGUUAUUGGACUGUUCUGGGCCUUCCUUUACGUCCAAAACCGCCACGACAUCUUGCCGGUGCAAAACUACAUCACUGCCAUCCUGGUGUUCUUGAUUGUCGAGCAGCUCAUGACAUGGGGAUUCUACAAUUACCAGAACCUUCACGGAGUAAACGUCAUGGCAAAGGUACUCAUGAUUGUUGUCGCGGUGCUUAAUGCAGGCCGCAAUGCUUUCUCGUUCUUCCUCCUUCUCAUCGUUUGCAUGGGCUACGGCGUGGUCAAGCCAUCCCUGGGUCGGACGAUGGUCUAUGUCCGGAUUUUAGCCAUCGCUCACUUCGUCUUCGCCGUGGUCUACUCCAUCACCAGUCUAUCUAUCACCCCGGAUAGCGCUGGUCCCCUUGUGCUCCUGAUUGUUCUUCCGCUUGCCGGAACCUUGACAGCUUUCUACGUGUGGACAUUGAACUCCCUAAACGCCACCAUGAAGGACCUCAUCGACCGAAGACAGAAGACCAAGGCAUUGAUGUACAAGAAGCUGUGGUGGUGCAUUCUCGGCAGUAUCAUUGUCAUCUUCGGCUUCUUUUUCCUGAACUCGUUCGCCUUCGCCGGACGCAACGAUGAGAACUUCGUACCGGAUCACUGGAAGUCGCGAUGGUUCGUGCUCGAUGGCUGGCUCAACAUUGUUUACUUGUUCGACAUCACCUUUGUCGCUUAUCUGUGGCGACCCACGGCCAACAACCGUCGCUUUGCCAUGAGUGAAGAGCUCGCCCAAGAUGACGACGGGUUCGAGAUUCGCUCGUUCGGCAGCGGUUUGGAUGAGGAAGAUCCUCUCGAAGGUGAGGCGCCUCCGGAGUAUCCGGGUACUUCGGAAGCUGCUGGCCGCCGGCGCGGACUAUCGCCCGUGCCCCCUAAACCUGUCUCCUCGGCCACGCGUCCGCUCGACGAGGAAACGAUCUUUGCCGUGGGUGACGAAGAUGCAGACCGAUGGUCUGACGAGGAUGACGUAUCCCCUCGCAGCUCAGGCGAGCGAGAACGGCUCACGGGCAAGGACUAG